AUGUCGUUUUGGCCGUGCAACCCGUCAAGCAAUGAAGGCUUGAUCAAGCACUUGAGACGCACAGGCGUAAUCAGUUCGGACGCUGUGUUUAAUGCGAUGGUGCGAACGGACCGUGCUAAGUAUCUGGCACAAAUUGAAACUCCCGAUGGAGGACAUGUUGGUGUCCUCCAAGCUUACCAAGACGUUCCUCACCCCAUCGGCUACAACCAGACCAUCUCUGCGCCGCACAUGCAUGCUCAUGCAAUGGAGUUGGGCUACCUUGCAAUCAAGGAUGUGAACAAUCCGAAGAUUUUAGAUGUGGGAUGUGGUUCUGGAUAUCUUACAGCAUGCUUGGGUCGGAUGGUGGAAGAUAAAGGUGGUCAUGUAUUUGGUUUGGAAAUUGUUCCUGGACUUGUCCAGUUUGCCAAGAAGAACCUUCAAAUGGCAGAUGGCGACUUGGUUGAUCGAGGCAUUGUAUUGAUCCGAUGCCAUAACGGCUGGGAUGGAUUACCAAAUGAAGCACCAUUCCAUUACAUUCAUGUAGGUGCUGCUGCAGAAGUUCCUCCUCAAGCUCUCAUGGAGCAGCUUGCGGAGGGUGGUCGCCUUGUAAUUCCGCUGGAUGAAGCUCGUGGUGGUCAAGUCUUUGUGGAAAUCACGCGGCACGGAAAAAAUUAUUUGCAACGUCGACUUUUUGGUGUCUGCUACGUGCCACUUGUGCGGGAGCGAAAACUUAGCUGA